AUGGGAAAUUCAUUUGCUAAUGCUUUUGCAGAAAAACAACGAGCUCUCCAAUUGGAGAUGCAAGAUCGUAUGGCUGUAACUCAAAAGAAAUCACAAAUUGCCAUGCAAGAACGAAUGAAGAGAAUGCAAAUUGCCACUCAAGUAGCUGUUGCCAGAGAACGUUUUUGGUGGUUCGCCGGAUUCCAUGCAUUCAUUACAACAGGAAUGACAAUUAAGAGAAAACAUGUACACCCUGCAGCAGUGAUACCAUAUCUAGCGUUCACAUUAGUGACCUUGUAUCAAUGGGACUUUGCUUAUGGAAACAAACUAGAGAGAAUUGACAAGAUUUUCAACAAAUUGCAAGAUGAAGAGCAUUGGUACACACCUGUAGAUCAAGAAACCAAAUAA